UUUCCUCAUGUCGCUGAAUUUUAGCUCCAGCCUGUCAGUGCAGGUCACGACUUGAUGUUACCAUCAGAUGGCGCUAAAAACUCUCGACUCGUCUUUGUCUUUGUGCACAGUGGUGCGUCUGCUGACGUACUGACGGCGCUUGCAGAAAGCAACGUGGACACAUUACCAACACAACAAUACAAAUGACUACUGUUUUUUAUACAGCUCCUCUUAAUUCAUUGAUUUUUUUAUGCAUCAUGCCUGGACUAAUAUUGUCUCAGUGUCCCUGAGAAUGCUGAGGCCAACACAUCCACUGUUUAUUUGUGGGAGAAGAAGUGACACAAAAAAAAGAAAAGAAAAGAAAUUUGUAAAUAAAAGUUAUGUUUCUGUCUUGCGAUUCCAGUGUAUCUCCUCACUGAGAAACUCCCCCGGUUCGCGCUCUGAGACAGUUGUUGUUGUGAAGUGAUCGGUGCCUCCCACCCUCGGCGCGUUGUGGAUAGACGAUCAUUGAAUCCAACAGCCAUAAUAAUGGCAUCGCUGACAGGGAGUCUCGCUCUCUCACGGUCGUCCCUGGCUAUUACCUGAACUGCACCUGUGGGCUUCUUCUCCCCCUCCGUCCUUUACACACGCAACAGACUCCCGGGUGCGCGCAUCACGUGCGCUCUCCACCAGCCAGGGUUCGCAUUGUGCUGAGUUGACCGGAUAGCUGCUGGUUCAUAUAGCCCCAUGCGCCUUAAAUGGGAGCACCUCACGCAUUUGGACGACUUGCACCUUCUCCUCAGUAACUUUGAUGGGGACUUCGACAUUAAGCAGGGAAAAUGCCUGUGAUGAAAGGAUUAUUAGCGCCGCAGAACACGUUUCUGGACACUAUAGCCACACGCUUUGAUGGCACUCACAGCAACUUCAUCCUGGCCAACGCUCAGGUGUCGAAGGGCUUUCCCAUCGUCUACUGCUCUGAUGGCUUCUGUGAGCUCACAGGCUUCUCCCGGGCAGAGGUCAUGCAGAAGAGCUGCGCCUGCAAGUUCCUGUACGGACCAGAGAGCAGCGAAAGCAUCAUCCUCAGCAUCGACGAAGCCUUGGAAGAGCGCAAAGAGUUCAAGGAUGAGAUCAUGUUCUACAAGAAGACAGCGGAGCAGUUCUGGUGCCUGCUGGACAUUGUGCCAAUUAAGAAUGAGAAAGGCGACGUGGUGCUCUUUCUGGCUUCGUUUAAGGACAUCACUGACACGAAAGCCAAAGCCAUCCAAGAGGACAAGAAGGAAGAGCGACGGCGCGGCAGGGUGAAAACAGGCUCUCAAUUCAGCUCAGCUCGUCUGCGAAGCAGCACCGUGCUGUACCACAUCUCUGGUCACCUCCACAGCAGAGAGAAGAGCAAGAUUAAACUCAACAAGAAUGUAUUCGGAGACCUACCUGCGUUGCCAGAGUACAAGGUAGCCGAUGCGAAGAAGUCCAAAUUCAUCUUACUUCACUACAGCACAUUCAAAGCAGGAUGGGACUGGCUGAUUCUGCUCGCUACUUUCUACGUUGCUGUGACGGUGCCCUAUAACGUGUGCUUCAUUGGCGACGACGAUGACUUGACCCGCAGCACAACUGUCAGUGACAUUGCUGUGGAAAUACUAUUCAUCAUAGACAUCGUUUUCAAUUUUCGUACCACUUAUGUCAGCAAAUCAGGCCAGGUCAUCUUUGAUGCUCGACAGAUAUGCAUCCAUUACCUGACCACAUGGUUUAUCAUUGACCUGGUGGCCGCAUUACCCUUUGACCUGCUCUAUGCCUUCAAAGUCAGCGUGGUGUCCGUGGUGCACCUGUUAAAAACUGUGCGCCUGCUUCGUUUGCUGCGCCUCCUCCAGAAGAUGGACCGCUACUCGCAGCACAGCACGGUGGUCCUGACCCUGCUCAUGUCCAUGUUUGCACUUCUGGCACACUGGAUGGCCUGCAUCUGGUACAUUAUCGGCAAGAUGGAGAUGGAGGCCAACGCCUACAACUGGGAUAUUGGAUGGCUCCACGAGUUGGGGAAGCGCCUGGAGUCACCGUACUAUGCCAUAGGAGGUGUUAACGGGACCAACAAUGGGCCGUCCAUCCGCAGCGUCUACAUCGCCUCGCUCUACUUCACCCUCAGCAGUCUCACCAGCGUGGGUUUCGGCAACGUGUCGGCCAACACUGACGCUGAGAAGAUCUUCUCCGUUUGUGUCAUGCUCAUAGGAGCACUGAUGCAUGCCUUGGUCUUUGGUAAUGUGACAGCCAUUAUCCAGAGGAUGUACUCACGCUGGUCCCAGUACCAUACCAGAACCAAAGACCUCAAGGACUUCAUUCGUGUCCAUCACCUGCCACAGAGCCUCAAGCAGCGAAUGCUGGAGUACUUUCAGACAACCUGGUCGGUCAACAAUGGCAUCGACUGCAAUGAGCUGCUGAAGGACUUCCCGGAUGAGCUGCGAUCCGACAUCACCAUGCACCUUAACAAGGAGAUCCUGGAGCUGUCGCUGUUUGCCUCUGCAAGUCGCGGCUGCCUGCGCUCCCUGUCACUGCACAUCAAGACUUCCUUCUGCGCUCCCGGAGAGUACCUCCUUCGACAGGGUGACGCUCUCCAGGCCAUCUUCUUUGUCUGCUCGGGGUCCAUGGAGGUGCUGAAAGACGGCAUGGUGCUCGCCAUCCUGGGUAAAGGCGACCUGAUUGGGGCAAACCUGUCCUUAGAUGACCGGGUGAUAAAAACCAAUGCGGACGUGAAAGCCCUCACCUACUGUGACCUUCAGUGCGUCAAUCUGAAAGGUCUCUACGAGGUGUUGGACCUCUACCCGGAGUACUCUCACCACUUUGUCCAGGACAUCCAGCAGGACCUCACAUACAACCUGAGGGAGGGACAUGAGACGCACGUUAAGGCUAGACUGUCCACAACACCUCUAGAGACUCAGUUGGGAGUGAGAAGGAACGGGCGAGUGGUUCAGGGCUAUCCGCCAAUUGUAGAGGGACAGGAGGUUCACGAGGAGGAUGAGGAGGAGGAGGAGGGGGAGGAGGAAGAGCGCGAGGCCACGUUUGUAGCUCUGUCGUCGGAGCAGAACCGAGCCACGAACCUCAGGGACACUGGUGGGAAGUCUCCACUGUGCCGACCCAGCAAGAAGACCAUGGCACAGAGCUCCAGCAGGUCUCGGAGGAAGAUCCAGGAAAUUACUCUCACCACUUUAGACCCUUCCAACCUCAGCCCCAGGAUAGUGGACGGUACCGAAGACAGUGAGGGCACAGAAAGCUCCCUGGCCUUCUCCUUCUCUACCAGCCGAGGCUGUCCUGCCAACGAACCAGUCAGUGCCUCAGCAUCUACCACAGGUAUGCUGCACAUCAGCACAGCAGACCUAGCGGCUAAAGCCGAGGAGACCAGGGGACAGCUGCGACACCUCGACCAGCAGGUGAACACCCUCCGGAGGGAAGUGGCCGACCUCGGGCAGGUGAUGAAGAGAAUGGCUCACCUCAUGGAGACCCUCCUGCCAUCAGUGGCGCCACCUGCGGUAGUCUGCCCUGCGCACUGCUCCCCGGCGCGCCCCACAUACCUGCACCAUCCCCCCUCCCCUCAGUCUCACCCUUCGCCAUCUUCCUCCCAGACUGCCUCUGUCUGGACGGACACACCCAUGUCCCUGCCCUCCUCUCCUCUCAUGUUCUCCCAGCAGCAUGCUGCUAUGUGUCACACGGACUCUCUGGCGCAUAGAUCCCAGGACCUCCAGCUAGGGUUCCCCGUUGUCUCCAAAUCGCCGCCACCUCAAACUCCCAACUCUCCAGUCCUCCAACCAUCAUCCAUCAUCCCAGAGCCUCACAACCCUCCUUCCCCCAUAAGCUCACUGGAGUUUUCCCACUACAGAGACGGAGCUUCUAGCUCCAUCAGGUCAAGGGUACACAGUCCACCUCCGCAGGACGGGGGAGGUGAGGGCCCUCUUCCGAGCACUGAGUGUUCUCCUCAAACUGGACUUGGAGGAAUCUACCACAACCCAACCAAGGGUUUGUAGCAGAGCUGCCUCAGAACUUCCCUGGAGUCUGCAGGACAUUUUCCAGGACAUUUUUGUGGGAUAUAUUCCUGAACUAUAAAAAAAAAAAAAAACCAACUGGGGUCGCCCAUAUCACUGGAAGACGUUUACAAGGAUCAGAUUCUUUUGUUUUAAAGGCACGUGUUUAAAAAUCCAGUUGCAUGAAAACAAGUAACGAGAGGGUUUAGGUGUGUACCUUAGAGAAACUUAAUGUUGUUAGACGGUAUGUAGAGGCCUGGCUCAGCUUUGGAGCUGUAUGGUAGCAGCUCUCUGGGUGCAGCUCAACUCCAACCCCUUCCCCCUCCACUUUGAGGCUCCUUCAAAGAGUGGAACUGUGCUAUAAUGGAGACAUUGGAGGAGGACGAGGAGGAGGAAAGAAUUCAUCUCCUCUCAUUUUUUUUUCUUUUCUCCUGACCAGAGAUGGUUUCAGGCAGACUGUGUAAAGGGUUUUGAGUGUAGAGACAAAGAGGGUUGGAGGGCGGUUUUUCCCCCUAGCGCUCUGUCUCUGCCAUUUCCUUUCCUUUUAGCUCUUCUUUCCUUGCUCACUCAACCCGUGGUGGAUGCUCUGAAUUAGGUGGAACAGUGCAUGGCUGGUUGGACUGGGAGCUCCUGAUGGUGUGAGGAGGGAGAUGGGACGUAUUGUGCUCUUUACCGUUGAGCCUCAGGGAAAGAGGGGUGGGCAGGAAGUUGGCUAUGGAGGUGGGUGUGGGGUAUGUUAUGCCUCGGGCAGCGCGGCCCCUGCUGUCCUCUGUCACAGUGAGCACGGGGACUCUUUCUCCUUGUCUGCUUCCCUCUUCCAGUGUUUCUCUCCUCCUCCCUCCUCCCUUUCCCUUCCUCUCUCUCUGCAUGCCUCUCCGAGCCUUUUGAGUAGUGCCUGUAGACACACAUUAACAUGCUGCAUGUCACCCUGUGGAAAUCCAGCUUGCCAUUUAUCUAUCUAUUUAAAGGAAACACGGUUCAAUCUUUAUAUAGCUGAGCCCGGCAUUUACUGGUGCAUAUUUAAUGGACAUGGACUCAGUUUAAGCAACUUGGUUAUUUUAGGCACAAGGUAGUCGCCCUUGUUGUGAGGUGGCCUGGAGCAAAUGUUACCAGUGCUAAAUUGGUUCAUGAUCCACGACGUAGGCUAUUUCCCCGAUCGUCACCCAGGGUUACCAGCUCUGAGAUCCAUUUCCUAAGCCGUUCAGAGCGAAGGCAAUAUUCCCACAUAAAAGCACAAUAAGGAUAUAAAGACACUUUUAUAUUUCUAUGAAUGUAUCGAUACUAAAGAUGUAUUUUUUUUACCUCAAAGGAUGCAAGAGUGCGGGAUGGCAGUAAAUGACGCUACUGCAUAAGAGGUUAUGUCAGUUCUGUGUGCUGGUAUCAGCCAAUGCAAUCUUAAACCAGGAAAAGGGUCAUAACUCUCAUCCCAACAGAUCUACUGUUCUCUUUUGAAUUCACGUAGGUUUGACUCUGCUUCUCUGCAAAUGGAAUGUACUGUAAUCGAACUUCUUUUUUUCCCUAAACAUUUUGAUAUCUAUUAGAUACGAAACAAAAAGGGUUAUGCUAAUAAACUACAAAUAUGA